AUGGUGGAGGGAGACCAAACUCCUCUUUCUCCAUUCACAUGGGGGGCUGCUGCACAAAGCUCCGGAAGAACAAGAUCGAAAACAAACAAGAUUGCCAUCGUGAAAGACAAGGGGCCUGACGACGAUGAGCCCGUCGACGAGAAUUACUCGUACAAUUUGUUCACAUAUGCGGAUGCCUCUCAACAGUCUAGCCACAAAUAUGUGUUUUCCGGAAGCAACCAAUCUGUCAUACCAGGUGGCCACGUCAUGUCCAACACCUUCAUCCCGCUCAAGAUCUUGGACACCCGGCUCUGCGGUGACUGGCCGGGGCGCCAACAGGCCUAUACGCGAGACUGGCUGACAUUUUGCGCUUUUACUGUCGCUCUCGAACUGGAGAAGCCCGAUCAAGACCAACGCAAUAUUCAUGACUUGCUACCGAAUGAACUUGUGCCAAAGUAUCAGGACGCCCAAGAACUGAAAAGAAAGCUUUCUCAGUGGGAUGGAUCCCACUUGGUAGCCCGAGACAGUGCUGGGAGCGUCCCGGCCAUGGCCGGCGCCAAGUUUCUUUAUUAUCUUCUACAUCGCGAUGACAUGAAGUCGAUGUCGGCGUCAAAGGUGGCAAGGCAUAUUUUCAUCAGGUGGUGCCUUGUUGCUCAUAUUGCCGCCUCUGUCGCAAAGGAGCCAUUUUCCGUCAAGGCGCGAUUCUGGAAGAUUCCCAAAGAAGCUGUCCUCAACCGCAAUUUGGAGCUGGUCUACCAGAUGGUGCCAGAUCUGUUGACAUGGACUGUCAAAUCCCAAAUUCUGCGAGACAAGAGCAUAUCCAAGGAUCUGAUCAACUCCCUAAAACUUUUCGACAAUCAGGGCCACCGGAAGAAAAUCAAUGAAAAGUGGGGGAAGUUCAUGACCGUGGUCUUUGAUGCAGCCACUGUGCCGGGCAUAAAAGCCCGACUCGCACUCCCCACGGACAACCUGCAGAACAUGAUCUUGCUCGGCUCUCAUCCUCAGGGUUACUACAACACGUACAUUGCGAAAAACGACCUGGAAUCGUUGAUUUCGAAGGGCUAUACAUGGGGCAGCAGCCAUCCGUUUCCCACCAACAUGCAGCCUGAUGCCAUUGUCCCUUUUCCCAGAGGCACAAGACUGAUCAAACCCAGUGUCUAUGCCACCAAGCCAACGACCAUUUCCAAGACAAAUAUCAAGAUUGCAGGCAACUGGCCCCGGAUACGAACCCAGAAUGCGGUUAUGGACAACAUCAGCGCAAACGAGGCAAGUCACAUCCGUACUCUCAACAUCUCCCACGGACGGCUAACCCAAAACAGAUCGCCUUUCAAGAUAUGGGACAAUGAUACACUGACUCCACGCCCAGCUGAGUGGCUUCAUCGCUCCGCUUACUCCUUUGGAGGGAAUGGGAAGCCAGACUCUGCACAAGAGCCGGAAAACCUUGUCUUUGGGACUUUCGAAGCCAACACCGAGAUGAUAAGUUUCCGUAGGUUCGAGUCUUAUCUGAAGCGAAUCGCCAAUGGGACGUUCAAGACUGAGACCGAGGUGACGCUGAGAACAGAAGUGAACACGCAUGACAGCAAGGUCGGUAACGGUAAGAGUCUACCAUGGCUCACUCCGCAACUGUUCUACCAAUGGACUUUCCAUCUCAACGAGAUCUGCGGCUCCGCAGUCCUCAAAAACCCAACACAUGGGCAGAUCAGUAGGGUCAAGACUUUUUAUCUCUUCUCCCAGAGUCACCCCAUGCUGUUUGAGGUAGACGUUGAUGAAGUAUUCGAUGCAAAGCUAGCCGACGCAGACAAGGAGUUGAGGGAUGUAGUGGCCCUGUUUUUGUUCUCCCAGUCUCAGCUUGGGGCUGCAUACAACAUCAACGCCAACGUACGAAGCAGGCUCUAG